CAACAAACGAUCGAUACUACCAGCGUUCUCCGCAAGAUGAGUCCUUUGAAAUGACCAUGACCCUCGUACUGUCAAAAUACAUGCAUCGUACAGGGUGUAGCUUUAAGGAUUUUUCAAAAUUUAUUUUUCUAAAUUAGUUUUGCGUUUGUUUGAUUCGGAUGGAAAUGAAAAAUUCUUAGUGAGAAAGAUUGUUUGGCGUGACACGUCAACGUGAUUGAUGCCGAACUUUAUACUUGAUGGGCUUGCAUAUGUCAAUCGGCGCGGAUACUAAGCUCACAAGUAAGUCAACAUGGCGGCAUGUAAUUGGCAAGCGAAACAGUAAUUUUCUCCCUCAAAUCGCAGAUGUAGAAACUCAGAAAAAUCACAUUUCACUGUCCAUUACAGUGGCGGUGGAUUUUUGCCCAUUUUCGACUGAAUAGUUCUCUAUUUAGGUAAAUUCAACGACUUUCGAUGGCUUUUACAUCUGAAACUUGAUUGCGUCUCAGUCCGCUAAUGACUACGUGUACGCUUUGAACUGUAAUAACAUCUGCAAUUUUUUCUUUGUUCUCUCCAAGUCUGUAGCUUGAGGAAGACAGAGGGAGUCAAAAGCCUAGAAAUAUGGUCGAUUGCAAGGGUGGAAAGAAUUUAUUUGGAUUCGCCGUUGCUCGACCGCCAUGUGUUGUUUUUAUAGUUUGUAUAGCGGCCUUCGCCAUUGGUUUAUUUUCUCUUGGCUUUUUCAUUAAGACAUAUGGUUGGUUUGACACCGCUGAUGCCCGCGAAGAGGUUUGCAGUUUAUUUUUUUUCCAUAUCCCCUCAUAUAAAUUUUUGUUAGAUUUCAAUGUAAGUCUGGUCUUCCCCAUAACUGUUUUCUGACACGGAUGUCACGCCAGGAAUUGAACGGGGAGGAGGGUCAUUGUAAACACAAUUUUUCAGUACUUGUCGUGAAUUAUUUUAAUUGUGAUUUAUAAGUCGUGAUAACGAAUGAGGAAAUUAUGCGAGUGACCUUCAUGUUAUCAAAGAACGAAAUCCCUCAGACCUCCUCAAAGCAUGUAUCAGUUUCACACCAGCAUACCAUCAAAAGUUUUCAGAGUUUUUAUUCCCACCGUUCCCUUGUUGAAACCCGUGAAAUGUUCGCCAUUGAUUGUGGUCCUUGGUAAACUGUUUCAUUAAUUUUUGAGACAUCCUUCUGAUGCUAUGGCAGAUUUUACCAACUCAUUUUUGGCAGUAUUGAAUAGCCAUUGAAGUAUUGUGAAAAAUGUAGAACUGGGUGACCUGAAGGGUGGUGGGUGUACAGAUCAAGCCUUUUAUCCAUUGCUAUUGUUCCAUGCUAGAGAACUUAAUUAUAUCCCCUUCCUGUCCUCUCUCUCAUCAUCCUGACAGACCAAAAGGGCCUUUUAUUUGUUUUUUUCAUGAAACAUUAUGUGAUGAUGAGGAAAUCAGAACAAAUAAGUCAUUUGUGUGACAUGGUUAAACAAUGAAAUUGCGAAGAAAUUCAAUUUGGUUUUUAAGGUGAAUGUAGAGUUGACUUGGUAAACCUACCUUUUCAUUUCCAGGCUUUAGGGGUGGGCUAUUGCUACCAAAUGGCAAAUUCACCCAGAACACACCUAUUAUCUCAAAGAUAAAUGUGAAUCCUACUUCUGCUGUAUCAAACAAGUUGCGCUCAGGGAGCCUCUGAUUGUAUCAGGUCCUUUGUCAAAGUCAACCUCAACAUAUUUUUCCCAUAAAAACCAUACUGAUAAGCACUUGUGUAACAGAAGAGCCCAAAAAAUGGAAAGCUUUGUGAUUGUAAUUAAGUGGUUGAUCAUUUAUAAAUUUUUUCUAAUUGUAGGAAUGGGGAUCAGUGCUAGGUUAUUUGAGUUCCUCUGAAUUUUGUAUGUUUGGUGACCAGAGCUUCUCUGGAAAUAUCACUGGUGACAAUUCAACAAAUAUAACUGGUGCUAUACCUGAUGGGUUUACCACAGUAUCUAUACCAGUGCUUCAUCUGGCUGUGAACCCCUCAGUUAAUUUCAGUGCUGUAGUGAAGAAUGUCACACAUGUUACAGCACAAAUACCAACAUCAGAAUUGGGUUUAAAAGGUUAGUACUCUGGAAAUAAAUUGUUCAUUUUGAUAUAAUUGAUAAUGAUAAAGCUUUGUAAGUGAUCAUCCUUGUCACAGACAGCUUUAUGGAGAUACAAGUUUAACCAAACACAUUUGAUAAUAAGUCAAAAGCAAUUCAAGCCAGCUUAAAGAGUUUCAAAGCUGACAUUUCAAGCAUUAGUCCUCUGUCAUUCACUCUGUUAAAGGGUUACAGCUUGAAACAGCAGCUUUGAAACUCUUUCUGGUGACCAAUUUACAUUAUCAACUCAGUUGAUGAAACCAAAUUAUCUUGUUACACUCCACUACUAACACAGCACCACAGUUUCUUUAGAAGCAUGCCCCUUUAUCAACCCAGAUUACUUUUGACACUUGAAGUUGUGUAGUUUGCAGGGCUCUAGAGUAUCAAAUAUUUAUUGUUGCUUUCUUGUCAUUAGGUUUUCGGGGGAAUUCAGUGAUCAAUGUCACAUUGUUUUUUCAUCAACCAUGGUUCAUGGGUAUGUUAAAUGUACAUUGUAGCAUGGCCAUCACCCAAUAGUAUUCUUCUGAUUGGAUUAUCUAUUUACACAUGUUAAGAUGAAAAGAGCUUCAGCAUGUAAGGCACUCACUUGUAAGCCUCCAUUCUUAUACUUGAGAAGCUAUGACUUGAGGUGACCUUGGGUGAUGAGAGAGUACCAGUAAAAAUUAAUGAGCUGGGGCUCUGCUGAUUGGUUUGGUGGAGUAACUGUAUUGUAAUUUUUUUUUUGUCUCCAGACUCAAUAUAUAUAUAUAUAGGAAGUCUGUGUAUUGAUUUUUCUGUUUUACAGUGCUUGAUAUGUAGGAGUAGAGCGUGAUGUAUGUUACAAUAGGGGAGAUGCUAUACUUUCAUCCCUACAAGCCUGUUUUGUGGUUGCUCACUCAUCAGAGGGAAUUUUAUUUUUAAGAAUAUAUAUAUAUAUACUGUGAAUACAGUUUUUAAGAGUUUUGUAGAAUAAAGGUUAGACUUUUUUAACAAAGGUUUAAGAUGCUUGUUCUUAAAUCACAUCAUUUACUCUGGAGGAGUAGAACUCAUAUUUUACUUUUCAGAUUGCCAAGAAAAAUGUAAAACAAUGUAUUUGGAAGCUUGUGGAUCAGUUAUUGUUCCAACUGAGAUUGUCCCAAAACAUUUGCAGUAAGUAACUUUGAUUCAUUAUGUAGAUACAGUAUUUGCAUAUACCACGAUGCCUCAAAUGUUUCCAUAUUCAUUUGGAAAAUUCAUUUAGAAAAGCUUCAAAUCCUGGAAAUUCUCCUCAGUCAAUCACACAAACAAGUUUGAACUUUGAAAUUGAAGGUAAUCAAUUGAAUUUUAGAAAGCUAGAAUCCUUGCAAGAUGAGCUGCUACUUUUAAUUAUUGUGUAGGAUAGUUCAGCAUAACCAGUGUUAACUCAUCUGGCUCUGCUGAGAAACAAACUAAAUGAUUUACCAUUCAUACUGAUUCAGGUAUGGGAGGACUUGCAACCUUUCAUCAGAGUACAAUGUUGUAGAAAUGGUCAGCAUUACCACACAUGAUGAAAAAUUUUGUUCCAGUGGCAUCAAGGCUGAGACAUCUCUUCCACUGAAUCAGCAGCACACCACUAUUUCAACAAUGGCAAUGGUAAGCAGUUGUCAAAGUAUUGGUUUUAGAGCUUGGGUAUCCUGUGAAGUUCAUUUGUCACCAUGUACAGUGAGAAACAAUGACGAGAUCCACCCAAAUUGCUGAAGGGUCAGUCACUGCCCAUCACAGUAGUCCUUAGGACCACUAUCACAUGGACAACUGCAUGAUUAUAUCUUUAAUUUAGCUGCAAAAUCCAAACAGAAAUCCAUUCCAGUUGAGGUAGAUGUAAGGUUUCAUCUGUUAUUAAGCUUAACUUUUUGGUGCUGAGCAUUGUAGUAGAAUUUCAUGAAAACAGAGGAAGGUAAUAUGUUUGUCACCAAAUCACUUUCUUUUCUUCAGGUUGAUGUAUCAGCUGUUAAUCUAAGACUGCAGUACUCAAGCUACUUCUUGUUUGUGAUGGUGAUCACCUGUGUGCUCUAUGGAAUGAUCAAAGGAAGACCAGUCAAACAAAGUAAAAAGGUACAGAUAGGGACACACAGUAAAAAACCAGCUCAAAAGGCAAAAGCCUACAGGAGGUUGAAUGAUGAUUUUGCAUAAGUUGCAAAAGACUGGGGUUUGAUUUUGCAUGGAAAUUCAGAGUUUUUCUUUGUCCAGGGUUCUUGAUAACACAAAGAUUAUUUUUCUCUGUCCCACCACCAUGCUCAAAAUUUGCCUUCUUUCUUAUUCUAUAAGUUCCUUUUUACUGCUCUUAUGACUAGACAGUCAAUUAGAACUUGACAUUGUUAGUCAGACAACUGAUAACAACUCUUGUCUAUUUAAUAUUUUGAUUGUUUAUGUUAAAGUGCCAAAGACAAAAUACCACAGCAUACCCAAGUGUUUCUCUCUAAACACUUUAUUGUAACAAUUUGAAAUUUUUCUUUGACCAAGUAGUAACUGUCAUAAUACUCUUGUUUGGUUGAUCAAGUUGCUCUAAAGAUUAUCAAGAACUAUGUGGAGUGAUUAUAAAAAGAAAUGAGAUAACAUCGAAUGGAAGAGUGACUGAAUUGGUGUUGGGCAAGUUGAUGAAUGUAACUGUAAAUGAGAAAGCAACCAACACCAAUGCAUUUGUCAAUAUAUAGUCUUUUAAUUUGCAUUGUUUUCUAGAUUCUUGCGAUACAUCAGUAGCGAUAUCAUGCUAGUAGAUAUUUCUUCUGUAUUUUAUACUUGGUAGGAGUCCUUGCACUCACUGACAGUUCAAAAAAGAAGAGAUAGCUAAGGCUGUAACUAAUGUAACAAAUGAGGGAGGGUGAUGGUCAUUAAAGUGCAUUAGUCACUGUGCAAAAGAUAACUUUGUUGUACUUUUUUUGCAGUCAAACCUUCCAAUAUGACGAUAUUUGCAAAGAAGUAUUGUAUUGAAUUGUCUAAUUCAUUUACCAUGCCCACAGUUGAAUUUAUGGUGACAUACUUAAAAAUAAGUAUAUCAGUAGAAAAAUAUCAUGCACAGCUGCACUUGUAAAUAGCUUGAAUAAGGCCAGUAAACCAUGCAUAUUAGUUAAGUUUACUAUGCUUGCAAGAAGUAGGUAGUGGUCCAGUGUUUUUUUCAGUGAGCAGGUUAAUGAGGGGCUUAGAUGUGAUUCUCACCAGUUGGUAUCAAGUGGUCACUAACAUUGUAAAUGUGAUAGAAAUCUCAUUAUCUGGAAAUAAUUCCUAAAGAAAAAUUUGGCAUCUCAUUGUACUAAUCAUUAAAUUAAACCCAGAAUUUAUUUAUUUUCCUGUAUGAUUCUGUCAACUUUGGUCACAAGUUUAAUACAAACCAUAAUUGAUUAUUGUAAAUUGUAGAUAACUGUUCAGCUUCCCUUAGCUUUUUGUUGAUAUAAGAACAAUUCAAUAUUUAUGGGUUUUGCUGUUGACAAUUAAGUAUGAAUCUGUCAAGCCCUUAAUCUUAAGAAAAUUGGGAACCCAGCUUGAGAAUUACUUCUCAACAAACUGUUCACUUUCCAGCUAAAAUGUAGCAUGGAUAACAUUGCUUAAAAUUUUCCAAAAAUCAAAAUCUCUUACUUCAAGUGGUGUAAUUCCUAGCUUGUGCAGGGUUUCUUAAGUUUACCUAAUAUACUAGGUGUUAUACAAGAAGAAAUUGUAUGCUUUCAGAAAAUCACAGUCCAUGGUAUUUUCUAGUUAUAAAAUAAGUAGCCUUGCAUACCCUAAUUUGAUAUGAAUUACCUUUAAUUACAGAAGAAAAGUAUUGUUGUGAAGUUCAGACAUUUUAAUGUAGAAAACCUGUUGUUUCUUAUCUUACAUGUACACUUUUCCAUUUAAUGCAGAAUUUUUUUGAGGAGCCAUUUUCUGCCUUCUCAACCUUUUUGCCUAAGCUACAUGUUGCUCAUGUCAUUUUAAAGAAUGACUUUUUAGUUUAGUCCCAGGAGUGUGUGCAAUUCCCACUGUCUUGGAACCUUCUUCAUUUUCAAUGUUACCUUAACUUCAACCUAGCAUUGAUAUUUUGUAUUAUAUCACUUAAAGAUGGGAAAAUAAUCAAAUAAAGGAAAACUGAC